GUCCGCUGAGCAGCAGCACAGUGUAGUAUUUUCAUCUGAGCUGCACACUCCUUCGGGCAUAUCGAGGAAAUAAAGCCGGGUUUGUCUACCCAAGUGCAUGAAGGAACAUUUGGACAAAGAUGGAGGCCUGGCCAACCGUGGCCUGGGUCCUGCUGAUGACCAACAUUGCUGAUUGGCUGAAAACUGUCCAAUGCCGGGACUUCACCAUGACGGACAUCAUCCAGCUGCAUCCCUCAACCACUCCUCAUCCUGGUAGCUUCAAGUGUUUCACGUGUGAAGACGCGGCAGAUAACUAUGAGUGUAAUCGCUGGGCGCCGGAUGUUUACUGUCCAAAAGAUGCCAGAUACUGUCACACACUGCACAUGAUGGACAACCAUGGAGACAGUGUGUCUGUGACCAAGCGUUGUGUGAGCCUGACGGAUUGUCAGUUUACCGGCUGUGCUGACGUCACUGAUAACGGCUACCAGAUGUGUUCGUCCUGCUGUGAGGGGAACAUCUGUAACGUCUUUGUGCCGAGGAAUGCCAGCAGUGCCAUCUUUUCCUCGUCUUCUCCUCUGAUCAGCUCGAGCACGAAGCAUCUCCCUACAGCGCUGAGCUACUUCCUCGUCAGCAUCUGCACAGCAGCUCAUCUCUGAGGGAGGAAUCUGCAUCUGUGGGACAUACUGGACCCCAUAUAAGGACUGUUUUUGUAAAUUACAUUUUUGUACGGUGAAAAUCAAUGAUAAUAUAACAUAUUAAUGUAUGUUUUUUAAACCUGGUACAUGCAGAAUUAGACCUGAGCUUCAUGUUUGUUUCACAGUUUUAACAAAUGAACUGUUCUCCCUUUACGUUAGGCUCCCUUCCUCUUCUCAGACUUGUUAAAACUAUUUUGUUAAUUUAUUUAUGCUUAGUGUGGACGUUGUAACAGUAUAACUGUGUUGUUUGUCUAAGUCCAUGUCCAUGUU